CGCCGGCGCUUGGUUGUGACGUGAUUUGAAUUUUUUGUGAUUUUGUGUUUUUAUUUAUCCCAGAAAUGUAUGUUGUGACACCGUUUUAAUUGGAAGAGCAUGUUGGCCAUUGAAGUGUAGUAAAUUUUUUUUAUAAAGUGUGUUUGUUUGUAUGUACCUACAAGUUUACCGUCAGUUGUGUUAAGUGCUCCCUUAUUUAUUUUUAUUUGUGAGCGCUGCAGGGGGGAAGUGAUAUGUCUUGUUGUUCACCAAUACCUUGUUUUCGUGAAAAGCGAGGCACCAAGUGCCACCAUCACGGGAUCAUGUCGAAGAAGCCGGGCGCGCAGCCCACCCUGCACAAGGUGAUCAUGGUCGGCUCCGGCGGCGUCGGGAAGUCUGCCCUCACUCUCCAGUUCAUGUAUGACGAGUUUGUGGAGGAUUACGAGCCCACUAAAGCGGACAGCUAUAGGAAGAAGGUAGUAUUAGACGGGGAGGAGGUUCAGAUCGACAUCCUGGACACGGCGGGGCAGGAGGACUACGCGGCCAUCCGGGACAACUACUUCCGGUCCGGGGAGGGCUUCCUGUGCGUGUUUUCCAUCACAGAGCCUGAGAGCUUCGACGCCACACAAGAGUUCAGGGAGCAGAUACUGCGAGUGAAAAACGACGAGAACAUCCCGUUCCUGCUGGUGGGCAACAAGUCCGACCUGGCGGACAAGCGGCGGGUGCCCCUGGAGAGCUGCCGCGAGCGCGCCUCCGCGUGGCAGGUGCCGUACGUGGAGACCAGCGCUAAGACCAGGGACAACGUGGACAAGGCGUUCCUGACUCUAAUCCGGCAGAUGUCGCGGCUGAAGCGCGGCCUGGCGCUGGAGGAGCCCCCGCCGGAGCCCGAGGGCGCCCGCUGCCGGCCGCCGUGCUGCAUCAUCUGCUGACAGCGCCCUCUGUUAGCGAAAGUCGAAAGCGUGGUCAUCUGGUGGCGCCAUCUGCUAUCAUUAAUUGACAUUGCUACCAAAUGUAACAAUAAUUCCGAUCCGAAUUGGAAAAUACACAAAUUCCGAAUGUUUGUGUCUUGAAAAAAUGGUUCUUUUUCCUCAUUUGUUCUUCGUCACUCGAUCUGCGCAUGCCGCCGCUAAGGCUAUUUAAAUUAUCUUAAAAUUUUCAAAUUUCAAAAUUUUUAUUUUAUAAGUAAUUUUCAAUUCUUAUUUUGUCUUUUAGGUGACUUUUUAAGAUCGGGCAGGGUUUUGUUACAUAUAGUUUACUGCAUUAUCAGUUGACAUUUGGUGGUUGUAUUUAGACAUUGAUCUAGCCAGGACCCCAUGUGUGUUUGUGUGUGUGUAAGUACUUCAUACAGAAAUAGAACUAAACUUGUUGACAAAAUAACAUUUUUAUAAUUGUUUUAUUUGAAAAUCUGUAGUAAUCAGUAUUUAAAUGUAUUUUUGUGAAUUAAACUUUUGAGACGAAAUAAUUAUAUCACUGUCGAUAUAUUGUAUAUACUACUCUGUCAAGAAAGUAGCGGGAAAAGAUCAAUAAUACAUAAACUGUUUGUUAUUCAUCCAAAUUUAUUUUAUCACCUUCAAAAUAUGCUCCUUUAGAAACGAUACACUUACGCCAACGAAUAAUCCAAUCAUCAAAACAUUUUUUAAACGCUGUUUCCGGAAUUGAGGUCAGUUCUCGCCGCGAAUUCUCUUUUAUGUCUUCUACCGAUUGAAAACGGGUGCCACGAAGUGGUAAUUUGAGUUUAGGAAAAAGAAAAAAGUCGGCUGGAGCCAUAUCUGGUGAAUAUGGUGGUUGCUCGAUGGUAUUUGUUGAGUGUUUGGUUAAAAAUUCGUUCACAAUGAUGGCCUUGUGCGAAGGUGCAUUAUCAUGGUGCAAAAUCCAAGAAUUUUCUUUCCACAAAUCUGGCCUUUUUCGUCGGAUUUGCUCUCUUAAACGCCGCAUAACACUCAAAUAAUAUUCCUUAUUUACCGUUUGACCUUCCGGCAAGAAUUCCGAGUGCACAACACCGCGAUAGUCAAAGAAAACAGUCAACAUGACUUUGACUUUUGAACGACUUUGGCGUGGUUUUUUCGGUUUCGGUUCAGUUGGAAGGCGCCACUCCGAAGCUUGUUGACUAGUUUGCAUGUCAAACUCGUAAACCCACGUCUCGUCACCAGUAACAAUGCGUUUCAUGAAUGUUGGGUCGGAAUUGACUCGUUCUAGCAUGUCCUCAGCGACUCUCAUGCGAUUGAGUUUUUGAAAAAAUUCAGGUCUUUUGGGACUAGCCGAGCGGCAACAUGUUUCAUACCCAAAUUAUUAGUUAAAAUGGUACGGAUCAACUCGUGAGAUACAGAAAGUUCGGUGGCUAUCUCUCUCAAAGUUGAAUGAGGAUUUUCAGUCACUAUUUCCUUCACUUUUGCGAUGUUAACUUCAGUUGCAGACGUUGAUGGCCUACCAGAGCGAGGCAAAUCUUCCAUCACAUCUCGACCGCUUUUGAACGCUUUGUACCACUCAUAAGCACGAGUUUUUGAUAAAGUCGAUUCACCGUAAGCCUUCUGUAACAUUUUCAGUGACUCCGAACACGAUAUUCCAUUGGCAAUGCAAAAUUUAAGACAAACUCUUUGUUCGAUGUUUUUAUCCAUUAUGAAAUUAGCAAUACACACUAGAUAUGAUAUAAAUAAAAAUAGCACUGUAUUUAAUGUAAACAACAGAUGCAACUCAAACUCCGCGCCAAAAUGGAAAACAGUUUUGCCAAUCUAACAACAACAAAAAAAACAAAAAUUUGAAUUUGGAACCAUAAAUAAAUAAUCCAUUCCCGAUACUUUUCUGACUGAAUGUAUUCCGUUGAUGGCGCCAUCUGUUAUCGGUAGUCGAUAUCGCGAUCUCACUUCAUCAUCCGUAUUACUUUAGUAGGUACGUACUAUUAAUAAUUUAUGUGGCUGUAUAUGAACUAAAUAGAUAUUAUAAUUGAUUUUAAUAAACGUAUUUAAAAAAU